AUGGGGUUUCAAAAGAUAGAUCUGAAGACAAAUGGCACUUGGAAGUCGUUGGACACCAACGUCCAGGUGACGGAUCCAGCAUGCACCGUGGGGGACAUAGGUGGUGAUGCAAGUAAUCAGGCGCUGUACCUCGUCGGCGGGACCGGCUCCCCGUCUGGUUACGCUGGCUUGCAACGAUAUUCCUUCAAUGAGAAGAAAUGGACCACCCUUACCUCCGAAUCAUCCGCCAUGGUCGACCGCACGUCACAUACCGUGGGAUACGUCCCAGGAACAUCCACGCUCGUCGUUGUAGGCAGCGACGGCUCGACCACAUGGACCAUCUCUACCAAAUCGGAUUCAACGUCGAUGGAUAUCGAAGGUGGAACUCCUGGAGGCAUGGGCCCGGUGACAACACCGACGAUUCUUCCAUGGAAUGAUACUUCAAUCGCAUUGGUCAGUGGUGACGGUGGCAAUGGUGCAGUCUCCAUUUUCGAUUCGCAGGCUAGCCAUUGGGUGGACAGCUAUGCCGCUCUCCCCGCGGGGGCCGUGAAAGCAUCGAGUCACCUGGCUCUGAUUUCUGACUCGGACGGUAACUACGUGCUGCAGGACUUCAAUAUGGCCGCCAAACCAAACACCGUUACCAGCUACCAAUUGUAUAAGAAAGGAAAGCCGCAGAACCCUGCCAAGGAAGUAGGCGGCUCCUCUUCAAAACGAAGCUUGGACGAUUUGCCCGCUUACAAUGGCUCCUUUGCCGGAGAAACCACUCGCUCCGAUUACGCUCUCGCUCAGAGUGGCAACCAGCCCGGCCUUGUGGUGAUUGGAAGCGGUGACGACGAUAAUGCGUUGUCUAUCUUCGACCAGUCUAGCAAUGGCUGGGCUAACGCCACAGAACUGUUUUAUGGAAGCCCCAACAAACAGUCCCCUCUGCAUGCUACUACCACCUCUUCAUCGUCCACCUCGACACCGACACCUACCUCUUCCACUGUAUCAUCGUCUUCAGCAGUCACCACUACGCCAGCUGCAACAUCACCGACAGCGGCUCCCUCAUCUGGUGGAUCUGGUGUAAACCUGGGGGUGAUUAUUGGCGCUACUCUUGGUAGCUGCUGCGGAGCUAUUCUGAUUCUCCUCAUACUCCUCUUCCUGCUUCGCCGGGCGAGACAAAAGAAGCAAGCGGGCGAAGGAGCUGGGGGAGAUCCCAAGGGCAGACUCAGCUUCCAAGACCAGGGCAUAGAACCCCUGGCCGAUAGCGCGUACCCGAUGGCGCGCAGUCCAGUUCCGGUGGCUGCCGUGUCAAACGACUCUCUCGCAAUCAUGUCAGGCAGAUACACCGCCGAAAAGUCCCUCCAGCCUCCGCCCCCUCAGAGCUACGGAUACGGGCUGUCUCACAGCAAGGGCCUAUCUCCGAUUGCCUCCAGUGGACUUGCGCCAUCCAGCAUGUACUCCGAUGCCACAGCAGAGCCAUCCCCUACGGCUUCAGCCACCAACAAGCCCGGAGACCGUACAACCGAUGAGGGUUGGGGCAAGUAUUUUGAGGAGAGCAAUCCGCGAGAUCAGGCCGGUCGAGCGACCGGAUCCCCCGUCAGCUCAGUCUAUGGAGCGGACCUCCCCGCGCAGGCGCCAGAGGCUGGAACCCGCUCCGCAGUAAGCUCGUUCUAUACUGAUUCUGAUUACCGCGGCAGUGCCUGGCCCAUGAGCAACCUGGCACCGCUCAACUUUGCUAAGCUUGACCGACCCCAGCCACUUGGCCUGGUCGCCACACUAGCCUCAUCCUCCCCCGAGGGCCAAUCAGCACGCAUCUCCAGCGCAGACUCCAUCAGCUUGAAUUCCGAGGACGACCCACAUGAUACGAACUGGACCGGCGCCCAGAAUAGUAGCUGGCUAGGCCGUCCACCUAGCAGCCAAUACAGCACCAGCUUUUAUAACAACAGCACCCAUAAUUUGCCGGGUAGCUUUCACCCCCGCCAAUCGAACGACAUGCGCUCUCACGGCCGUCGCUCUAGCGUGGUGAUCCCGGACAACAUCGACGAGCUCCCCACCCGGGGCACAGCACCAAUGUCAACCCCGAUAUGA